GGCGAAGAAGAAGAAAUAUACCAGGAAAGACCGUUGUAGUCACAAAUUGACAACUAAAAUAGUUGCUGGUCCUGUUGUGGUCAUGGCGUUUGUUUGCCGAAAUGCUGCCGCACUACUGAAAUCGAGCAGGGCAGCGCCCACCUUACUGUCAGCCACCGUUCGUCCGUGCAGCUCGGGUGCCCACUAUGAAUAUAUCAAGGUGGAAAAGCGUGGUGAGAAGAAAAAUGUGGGUUUCAUCCAACUGAAUCGACCAAAAGCUCUCAAUGCGCUGUGUGACGGCCUGAUGACGGAGGUGGGUCAGGCCUUGGAUGCCUUUGAAAACGACGGAGGCGUGGGCGCCAUUGUCAUCACCGGCAGCGACAGAGCGUUUGCAGCUGGGGCGGACAUAAAAGAAAUGCAGAAUCUCACUUUCCAGGACUGUUACGGCGGUAACUUUCUUGCUCACUGGAACAGAGUGUCCACGAUGAAGAAGCCUGUGAUUGCGGCUGUCAAUGGAUUUGCAUUGGGAGGAGGAUGUGAGUUGGCGAUGAUGUGUGACAUCAUCUACGCUGGGGAGAAGGCACAGUUUGGCCAACCCGAAAUCCUGUUGGGGACCAUUCCUGGGGCGGGGGGCACCCAGCGUUUGACCCGCGCGGUGGGCAAGUCUCUGGCCAUGGAGAUGGUGCUGACAGGAGAUAAAAUCAAUGCCCAAGAAGCCAAGCAGUCAGGUUUGGUGAGUAAAAUUUUCCCUGUCGAUGAACUGGUUUCGGAAGCGGUCAAAUGCGGUGAGAAAAUUGCUGCCAAUUCCAAACUGGUGUCCACCAUGGCCAAAGAGGCAGUUAAUGGAGCCUUUGAACUGACUUUGGCUGAGGGGAAUCGUUUGGAAAAGCGUUUGUUCCAUGCAACGUUUGCUACGGACGAUCGCAAAGAGGGCAUGACUGCAUUUGUGGAGAAGAGAAAGGCCAGUUUUCAGGACAAGUGAUCUGCUGAUGAAACUCUGAGCAGGCCGGGUGCAGCAAAUUGAAUGAUUGUUGAUUUGAAAUGAUUUUUUUUUUUUUUUUUUUAAAUGUGACUAUUAAGGAAUAGAGCUAUGGAAUUUCUACCAUCAUGUGGGAAAAAAAAUAUUAUGUACCAUUAUGAAAUAGAAUCACGCAUAUGAAGUAAUAAGGCAAACUAAUCUUGUUUGUACUGCAAAAAGCAACAAUCGGGUUGAGGGUACAUGAUGUGGUCGCAGUCUAUUUACAAUACAAGGUAAUCAGCCGGAUGACUUAAAGCCUUUUCUCACUUUUAAUGAGUCUAGGUUCUUUUCUGUGUACAUUUUGCAAAUAAACCAUGAGAUUGCUA